AUAUUGAGUGUAUAUUGAGUGUAAUGAAACAUUUUGAUUUAUGUAAACAUUUAAUUAAAUCCUUCAGUUACAUUAAUUAAAAAUACUCAAGUUCAAUAAUUGUUUGUGCUGUGAACUGUAGAUUAGCAGAAUGACAGAAUACUGGAAAUCCCAAGCUCGCAAAUAUUGUGAAUUUUGUAAAUGUUGGUUUGCUGACAAUAAAGUUUCAAUUUCUUUUCAUGAAGGUGGAAAACGUCACAAAGAAAAUGUGCAAAAACACAUAUCCCAGAUCACAAAGAAAAGCACUAAAGAAUUUAAACAAAAAGAGAAAAUUGAUGAUGACUUGAAAAAGAUGGAGGCAGCUGCCAUGGCUGCCUACUUGAAGGAUGUACAAAACAAUGCAGACCUCACCUCACAGAGUAUCAACAACAUGUUGGGUGUAAGCAGCUCCUCAGACAAAAACGAACCAGUUGUUGAGGUUCCACAAGCUCGGCCCGCUCCAGUUUGGCAUGAGGUCAAAGCUGAUGAUGGUUCAUACUUUUGGAACACAGAAACCAAUGAAACUACAUGGGAUCCUCCAGACCAUUAUUUAUCACUUGCUGAUCAGGAAAAAGAGAAACUGAAAGAAGAGGAAGCAAAGAAGAUUAAGAAAAAGCAAAAAGAACAGAAACAUAAAGAAGCUGUAGUGGAAGCGAAGGCACACCUCGCCCGCGAGAGCAUGCGAGCGCUGGCCGUCAAGAAGGAGCCCGCGCCGGCGCCGGCCGCGCACUUCGGGCCCCCGCCCCGCGCCGCCAACCCCUACGGCACGUGGAAGGCCGUUCAAAACAAACCAGUGGAGCAAAUCGACCUGCAGCUGCCGAAGCCCGACAAGGAAGUGCUGCCGCCGCCCGUCAUCAUGGAGCCCGAGGCCCGCGCCACGUUCGGCGAGCGCCGCGUCGACUCGCUCGGCGACGGCCCUGUCCAGUUCAAGAAGAGGAAACUCAACAACCCCAAACGGAACAUGCGGCAGAAGCUGGAUGAUGAUUGAUCACUGAUAAUAAUUAUGCUAUAAGUAUUUUUUUAAAUAAUUAUUU